CUUAACCGGAAGCUUUCUGAUAUUUUUCUAUUUUAAAUUAUAUAUUAUUUCAAUUUUAUAAUUAUUUUAAAUUAUUUUUUUGCCUUUUGUUUUAAUAUAUAAUUUUAUUUCAAAUAUAUAUUUUUUAUUACAUAAAAUAAUGUACAAUUAAUAUUAUUUAAUAUUUAACAAAUUUAAAAAAAACCAUAUAUCAUAUUAUUACAUAAAUUUAAAAUAAAUUAUAUCAAAAAAAUAAUUAUAUUAAAAAAAAGAAAUAAAAGAGAAUUUGUACAUAACGCAUAUUUUUAUUAUAAUUUAAAAAGUUUUAUACAUAUAAUUAUUUCAUAAGAAUUGUUAUAAUAUUAUAAUAUUGUAAUAUAAUAAUAAAUUAUAUAAAAAUUAAUUCAUUAAUUCAGAAUAAUUUUUAAAUUUCAUAAUUUUUAUGAUAUUACAUUCCUAUCUAUUUUAAUUUCUUAUAGUUUAUGACUAUAAUACUGUUUAUUCCAAUACUGGUUAAGUAAUCUUAAAACUCAAAUAAUAUAUAAAAAUAAAUUUUGACUUUUAAGGAGAAAAUGGCUGAAUUACCAUCAGGAUUAAUAAGUCAUACUAGAAAAGUUUGUAGUCUUUACAAACGUGCUUUACGUACAUUAGAAAGUUUUAAUUACAAAAGACAUGAAUAUAGAUAUGAAGCAAUUUUAUUAAGACAACGUUUUGAAAAAAAUCGACAUAUACCAGAUGCUCGUAUUGCAAAAAAAUUACUAUUGGAAGGCGAAGAAGAAUUAUUUAAAAAAUCUCAUUGGGAACCAUUUAAGUUUCCUGAUAGUCCAGGCGGAAUAGCUCAUGGGCGUUUUGUUGAACCACCUGAUGCUGUGCUUGAUUUUUGGGAUCCAAUUGAAAAAGCUCAAUAUCCAAAAUAUUUUGGUCAAAGAGAAAAACUUAAACUAGAAUAUGAAAAAUUAUAUAAAAAAUUAUAUUUAGAUAAUAAAGAAACUUCUAAAUCUAAUAAAUAAAUAAAUGAUUCAAAUUAUAUCUAUAAUGACAUAAUGUAGUUAAAUUAAAGUACAUUGGUAUUUAAAUAUAAUGUAUAUAUAAUAAAUAACAUACAUGUAAUAUAUAUAUAAUAAAAAUCUAGUUAUUUUUA